GAUAAGCAGAGAGGACUUGUAUGGUGGUGUGUGGCAUGUCAAGAUGUUUACUGUUCAACUUCUUUCCUUUUACUUCUCCAAACUCCAGGAGGACCCCACCAAGAAGGUGGACAGGUUUCUGUACUCCAUGCGUCUCCAUGACGACCAGCUGAGAGACAUCUCAGCUCGUUUCCUAGGUGAAAUGACUAAGGGGCUCUCAUCUGAAAGCAACGCCACGGCAACAGUUAAGAUGCUGCCCACGCAUGUCCGUUCCACGCCUGAUGGAUCAGAAAAAGGGGAGUUCCUUGCGUUGGAUCUGGGAGGCUCCAAGUUUAAGGUGCUCCAGGUUAAAGUGAGAGAGGAGGCAGGGAAAAACAGUAGAAGAGUGGAGAUGGAGGAGCAAACCUACCCCAUGCCAAAGGAGCUGCUUUUUGGGAAGGGAGUAGAGUUGUUUGACCAUGUGUCCGAAUGUCUUAAGGACUUUCUCCAUCAGAAGAACAUCAGCCUGGACAAGAAACAUCCUCUGGGCUUCACCUUCUCCUUCCCCUGUCAGCAGACAGCCCUGAACCAGGGAAUAUUAAUAAACUGGAGUAAAAACUUCCGGGCCCGGGGCCUCCAGGGGAAAGAUGUGGUUCAGGCCCUCAGACAGGCUAUCAACAGAACUGGGGAUAUGGAUGUGGAUGUGUUGGCUCUGGUUAAUGAUACGGUGGGAACAAUGAUGACCUGUGGUUUUGAUGACCAGCAUUGUGAAGUGGGACUCAUCAUUGGCACAGGUACCAAUGCGUGCUACAUGGAGCAGCUGUGUCACAUUGGCCUGGUGGAGGGAGACGAGGGCAGGAUGUGUGUGAACACUGAGUGGGGGGCCUUCGGAGAUGAUGGGGCACUGGACGAUUAUAUCACUGAGUUUGACAGGGAAAUUGAUGCCGCCUCCACCAACCCAGGAAAACAGCUCUUUGAGAAGCUGAUUGGCGGCCUAUAUUUGGGGGAGCUGGUAAGGCUGAUUGUAUUAAAGAUGACUAAACUUGAACUGCUGUUUAAUGGGAAUGCUUCCAGUGCCCUGAAGGUCAAAGGGAAAAUAACCACAGCACAUGUAGCAGCUAUGGAAGAGUACAAAAAUGGUCUGAGGAACACCAGAGACAUUCUUCUCAACCUCGGUUUGACUCCAUCGCAUGAUGACUGCAUUGCCGUUCAACAGGUCAGCACUGUUGUCUCCUUCAGAUCCUCAAACCUGGUGGCAGCAGGGCUGGCUGCCAUCUUGAAUCGCAUCAGACAAAAUAGGAAGUUGAAGACGUUAAAGAUCACAGUCGGCGUGGAUGGCACAUUGUACAGAACACACCCACAGUAUGCUAAACGCCUCCACAAGGUGGUACGUCGGUUGGUUCCCGAUUGUCAUGUCCGAUUCAUCCUAUCAGAGAGCGGCAGCAGCAAGGGAGCCGCCGUGGUAACAGCGGUUGCCCAGCGAUUGGCAUCACAGAGACGACAGGUGGAAGAGACCCUAUCGCCUUUUAGACUGAGCCAAGAGCAACUUGGAUUGGUCAAGGUCAGGAUGAGGGCAGGGCUAGAUGCAGGGCUAAGGAAUGUCAGCGCUCCUGUAAAGAUGCUGCCCGCAUUCGUGUACCGAACCCCUGAUGGCACAGAGCAUGGAACAUACCUAGCCUUAGAUUUGGGUGGAACCAACUUCAGAGUUCUACUGGUGAAGAUCUACAGUGGUCUGCGUCGCUCUGUACGACUCUACAAUAAGAUCUACUCAAUACCACUGGAGAUAAUGCAAGGAACAGGCGAGGAGUUGUUUGACCACAUAGUGCAGUGUAUCAGCGACUUUCUGGACUACAUGGGGAUGAAGAAUGUUCAUCUUCCUCUGGGCUUCACCUUCUCCUUCCCUUGCAAGCAGUCUGGUAUUAAUACGGGUACAUUGGUUAGCUGGACCAAAGGCUUCAAGGCCACAGGCUGCGAAGGAAAUGAUGUCAUUGAUAUGCUGAGGGAUGCCAUCAAGAGACGCAAUGAAUUUGACAUGGACAUUGAGGCGAUAAUCAACGAUACUGUUGGGACUAUGAUGAGCUGUGCCUACGAAGACCCACAGUGUGAGAUUGGACUGAUAGCUGGGACAGGCAGUAAUGUCUGUUACAUGGAGGAACUGAGGAACAUUAAGAAGAUUGCCACAGAAGAGGGAAGUAUGGAGGGAGGUGAGAAAAAAGAGCAGGAGGAGUGGAGAGCAGAGGGAGUGGAGAAGAAGGAAGAUAAGGGGAUGGAGGGAGAAGGGAAGCAGGGGAAUGGAGAGAGGAAGAGGAUGUGUGUAAACACAGAGUGGGGGGGUCUAGGCGAGGAUGGUUGUCUUGAUGACAUCAUCACUCACUAUGACAUAGAGGUGGACCAAGCAUCACUCAACCAUGGGAAACAGAGGUUUGAAAAGUUGACCAGUGGGCUAUAUUUAGGAGAAAUCGUACGUCAUGUCCUACUGGAUUUAACCAGAAGAGGGUUGCUGUUCAGAGGAUAUGUCACUGAAGCUUUAAAAACACCUGGAAUAUUUGAAACCAAAUACCUGUCAUACAUAGAGAGUGACCACCUGGCCCUACUGCAGGUCAGAGCCAUUCUACAAAAGCUGGGACUUGACAGCACCUGUGAUGACAGCAUCAUAGUAAAAGAGGUAUGUGAAACAGUUUCACAUCGUGCUGCUCAGCUGUGUGGAGCAGGACUGGCGGCUGUGGUUGAUAAGAUCAGAGAAAACCGUGGACUGGAGCAUCUGGACAUCACUGUAGGGGUGGAUGGAACGCUGUACAAACUACAUCCACAUUUCGCUAGGGUCCUGCAGGCGACAGUCAGGGAGUUGGCUCCUCAGUGUUGUGUGACUUUCGUCCUGUCAGAAGAAGGUAGUGGGAAAGGUGCUGCCCUCAUCACUGCGGUGGCCAUACAGCAGAAGGUGGAAAUAUAAGUACCUGGAAUUACAAACUUGAUAGCUAUCCAAUUACCCCAAAUGACAGUUACUGUCAUUACAGUGUGUGAUGCAGAUGUUAUGGCCACAUGGGAGCAUCAAAUUCGAAAUGACAAAGCCCUGUGCUUUUGAUAGGACAGUGAAGUUUGUCCAACAAAUGAUCGAGUUGACAUCUGCUCUCCUGCAUGCUAAAUGUCUGUUUCAUAAAUAAAAUGUGUCUGCUAAAUGGGUUUAUAUUUCAAUGCAGUUGAGUCCCGGGGAGUAAAAUGUCUUUCUCUCCCUGGAUUGGAAAGUUUUAAGAACCCCUAGUUUAGAGAGUUGAAGGCAAAAUAUGUACAUCAGUGAUACAUUAGAGUCAACAGUUCAGAUGUUCCCUUUCUGAAUAUCACUGUAUACACAUGACCAUUCUGGCAAAACCUAUCAGUUCAAGGUGCAAGAUUUAUCCGAUGGGACUUUUAAGAUGCACAGACCGCCUUCAAGUCAAAAUAGGGGAGUGAAAUCCCAUCUUCCAUCAGAACUGCAGACUAACUUAAUUCAAGAAAGGCCUAAAAAAUUUCCCCUUUUCAGACAUACCAUAAUCCAUAGAUGGUCUCUAAGUAGGACUGUUAUACUGAUUUGUGGAAUUGUCCAACUAAGUUUUAAUUUGAAUUUCUUACUAUUAUUACUUGCGUCACUGCCGGUUGUCUCCCUUUUGAACACUUUAACUAUUUGCAUUUGACAUGACAUGAAUUGUUAACGCUGAUAUGCAUGUGAUACUGAUUUAUGAAAUUGUUCUGCUGAUUUGUAGUUUGAAUCCCCUAUUACUCACAUCACUAUUGGUAAUCUACCUGCUGUGCCUGUACUAAUGACAUUUGACAUGCACUCUCACCCAUGAUAUGAUUACUGAUUGUGCUGUAAGAUGCCUGUAGAUUGCCACAUGAAUAUAUCUGGUAAUCGCUGUCUCUUGUAAGUCACUUUGAAAACGUGUCUGCUAAAAAUGUAAAAUGCAUUCGGUGGGAAAAGUACAACCCUUUCGGCUGUGGGACGAUAUAGAUCCAGACCUGACAUCGCAACACAUCAACAUGGGAAGCAUUAUUACUGGUGAAGCUUGCUAGUAUCACAAAUGGUGGAAUGAUAAUAUUGUAUUAAUUAAUUAAUUAAGCGCUUACACUUUGAUAAAAAGCUGUUUUUGUCCAUGUUAAGCAUGUAUCACUUACUACUGUAAUGGAAAAAUUAAUGUGGCGGGGGGGGGCUUACAGUUGCACUGAUCUCGCUCAAGUCAGUGUGAUUGGCUGGAAACGGGUUUAAAUGUGACUGCCCCCCGCCCCCAGGAAGACUCAGACCAGAGCCUGGCAUCCGGAGGGUUCCAUGUCCCCACUUGCCACAUUCAAUUUUUGUUAUCUCUUGAAUACUGUUUGUAAUAUUUAAAUGAUGUCACUCUAUACAGUAUGUGGUCUUAUGCAGAAAAUGAGUUCAAACAGGACCCGUGUCUCUACUGCUGGACCCUACCAUUCACACACUGACCUCUAAGAAUGUAUUGGUUACUUUUUUUUUCGAUGUUUAUUUAUCAGCGAUCUCCAUCUUGUCCCCCAUUCGAAAAUGAAAGGUAUCCGUCUUAAUAAUAAUUAAUUAAAAAGACACCCCAUGCAGCGCUUACAUGGUUUUAGGUGUUAGAAUUACCCAGUUUCCCCUUGGGGAUGAAUAAAUUAUUCGGAUUCUUAUUGAUUCUGAUUCUGAGAAUUACCGUUCCUGAGCCUCUCCCCCCUGCCCCCCUUAACAUGGCUGAGUUUACGUGUUGUCCUGUAUUCAUUUUCUUUCUGUUGCCCAAAUUCUUCUGUAUUUGAAGUCUGUAUGGCCAUUUUGCACGGAAUGAGAUACUAUAAAUGAUAUUAUUGAUAAGUGCCUACUUUCAGCAAGAUCAUCCC